GGGGGAGGAUUAAAGAGGCAAAAAAAAAAAAAAAAAAAACAUCCCUGUUAGCGGCCAGCAGCUCCAGCGGUAGGGUGUAGCUCCACGGAGAAGAGGAGGCUGUGCUCGGAUUAGGGGGUUGGGCUGCCUUGCUUGUCUGAAAACCCGCAGCCAGACCAGACGUCCAGCUUGUCGUCGGCAGCGCAGCGUUUGCUUUCCCCGCAGCAUCAGCAGCAGCAGCAGCAGCAGCAGCGGCGGAUCCUCCAGCAUCACCUGCUCCCAGAGCUCCAUCCUCUGGUCCAGCACUCACGGCGCUGCCGCAGCACAGAGCAGGCGGACAAACAAGGACAAACAGCUGGAAGAGCAGCUCCUCAGGGAAAUAAAGGGAUAUAAUAAAGGCUGAAGAUGGUGAAACUGGGGAGUAAUCUUCAGGACAAAGGGGCCAAAGCUGUGAGUGUCGAGGACGGCUUUCAGAAUGUGCCCCUCAUCACUCCUCUGGAUGUUGACAGCCUCCAGAGUCAAGACCCUGACAAGGUGGUGGUGAAAACUCGGACAGAGUACCAGACAGAGAAGAAGCGGCUGAAGGUUCCCAAGGUGGAGGAGUUUACUAUCAGCUUUACCGAUGGAGUUUCUGAGAGACUCAAGGUUACAAUUCUGAUCAUCCUGGCCUUGGCCUUCCUCGCCUGCAUCGUGUUCCUGGUGGUUUAUAAAGCUUUCACUUAUGACCACGCCUGCCCAGAUGGAUUCAUUUACAAGCACAAGCGUUGCAUCCCCGCAUCACUUGAGGCCUACUAUGCCGCUCAAGACGCCAAUUCGAGGGGUCGCUUCUACACAGUGAUCAGCCACUACAGUAUGGCCAAGCAGACCACCUCCCACUCUGUCUCCCCCUGGCUGCCCGGAGGGGCGGCGGGGCACGAAGCUAAACCUCCCAAUGGCGAGGGCCACUGAGUUCGCCGCGCGGUGUAAACAGAAACACAUGAACAUGAAGAUUUGACAAAGUGAAUGAAAAUUAAGGUAGAUCAGGAUGCAGAGACACACAGGCAAGUUGGUGAAUAUUUAGAGCUGUAGACAAAAGAAACACAACAAAUGUAGAGUAAAAUCAUGCAUGCGGACAUUGAGUCAGAGUAGAUUUUAGGUCAUCCUGGUCAUUGCAGCGACAGCGCUUGAACGGAAGGCAGCUGCACUUCUCGUGCUUCUUUGAAGAUAUUUACUUUCUCGUCCAAACGGACUGCUGGGAAGUUUAGCUGCCUUUCAUUUUAAGCUCUGUGGACAUGCGGACCCACAGGGACAUGAGCACAUGCUAAAACAUAAUCUGAAUAUGUUGUCUGCCCAUCUGUAUGCUCAUUUUCAGUAGGGGUUAACAUCAGCGGCUAGUUCAAGUUCAUACCCACACACAUGCUGCUCCCUCAUUACCCUUUUUACCCCUUCUUCUAAUUUAUUGCUCAUUGUUUCUUUUUUUUUACUGUAAUGUAUAAA